AGGGUGUAUAGGCAGUGAGCUGCACAACGACGGACACUUUCAUUUGACAAGCACGUUACUUUUUUGGGUCCUUCUUACUCAAACUGACGACACCGGGCAACGUGGGGGGAGAGGCACAUCGAGUCCUGGACGCUGGAACCUCCUCCAGGGGUUGGUAAAUUGCACGCGCGCGCACAAACACAACGCACGCUGAGAGACACUUGAAACAAACACAACGCACGCUCAGAGACACUUGAAACAAACACAACGCACGCUCAGAGACACUUGAAACAAAGACAACGCACGCUCAGAGACACGCGCUGCGCGUGCAGCACUAGGCGAGGUCAUUCAAGACAAAGAAGCAGCCGACUCCGACUUCGAGCGGCCGCGGCGCCGAUUGCGCAAUUAGUCGCGAACGCGUUGUGGCGAGACGGAGGAGACACAUUGAAGAGUGGGCGAAGGACGCAAGGAAGUUGAUCGAGGAGACAGCUUUUCUCGUGAGAUAAACUUUGCGUUACGUCCCACCCCCUCCUCCAUCCUCCCCACCUUUUCUCGGCGCGGCGCUUUGUGAUAGCCGGACAGACCGAUAAGACAGAGCGGACCACAAGAAGAAUGUCCGCGCUGCGCUACAACAACAACAACAAUGCACACGCCCGGCACGGCUGAGCGGCGCACGCAGCAGCGGUGCCUCCUCCAUGGCCCUCUCCGCGGAGAUGAACGGCAUCAGCACCAGCAGCAGCACCACCAGCAGCACCAGCAGCAGCACCACCACCACCACGGCCGCGACGUCGAACGCGAGCUCGUGCGACGCGGUCCCAGAGGUGUCAGCGGCCCUCCCCGCCGCCCUCAUGUUCGCCGUCGGCGUGCUGGGCAACGCGCUGGCGGUCACCGUCCUGGCGUGCUCGCGCCGCGACAGCAAGCAGACCGUCUUCUACGCGCUCGUGUGCGCGCUCACGGUCACGGACCUGCUGAGCACCUGCCUCUCCAGCCCGCUCGUGUUGGCCGCGUACGGCGCGCAGAAGACGAUCGAGCAGCUGGGCGGCAACCCGCUCUGCGUCUACUUCACCUUCUGCAUGCUCUUCUUCGGCUUCGCCACCAUGGGCAUCCUGUGCACCAUGGCCGUGGAGCGCUGGCUGUCCCUCGCGCACCCGUACGUGUACCAGAGGCGCGUGAGCCAGACGUGGGUGCGCGUCGCGCUCGCGCUUGUGCUCGUGGUGAGCGCGGCGCUGUCCGCGCUGCCGCUGGCCGCCGGGGUGGUGCGCGCGCGCAUGUACCGGCCGUGCACGUGGUGCUACGUGGACGCGAGGCUCGAGCGCGCCUACGGCUUCGUGUACGCCGCGGCCACGUCGCUGCUCAUCGGCGCCGUGGUGGCGUGCAACGUGGGCGCGGGGGUCGCGCUCUUCCGCAUGAGGAGGAGGCUCACGCUGAGGGACGCGGUGCCCAACUCCCGGCGCGUCUCGGCGCGAGUUUCGGCGCCGCUUGCCGCCCUUCCACCGCCUCUUGCUCCUCCUCCUCCUCUGCCGCCGCCGUCGUCGUCGUCCCAGCCGGGUCGAGAGAGUCCCCUCGCCUCGCUCCGCAGGAAGAUCUCCGUGCAGAGGUUGCAGCGCAUCCACAGGCCGCGCGGAGUGGAGGUGGACAACCUGGUUCUGCUGGUGUUCAUGACCAUCAUCUUUCUCGUGUGCUCGCUGCCUCUAACCGUCUCCACUCUAAUCAAUGCCAUCUGGCCCACUAACACCGACUUCAAGCGCGACCUGGCCGGCCUACGCUUCGCCUCCUUCAACCCCAUCCUCGACCCGUGGAUCUUCAUCAUCGUGCGUCGCUCCGUGCUCGAGCGCCUCCUCUCGGUGCCCGCGCGUCUCCGCGCCGCGCUUCUCCCCCACCGUGCCAGCGGCGACUCUCGCGGCUCCGGUUUGCUGCGCCAUCUGGGCAAGGGCAAGGGCGGCGGCGGUGGAUCUUCCGAGUCCGCCUCGCUCUCCUCCUUCCAGCUCGCGCAGCUCAUCCGCUCCGCCGACGCGUCGCCCAUGAUGGCGGGACGGCUGGCCGAGAUCCUCGGCCGUGGCGGCGAGCCCGGUGCUCUGGACUCCGUCCGCAGUUCCCUGGACCUGGAGUUGCCGGACGGGAAGUUCAGCGAACUGUUGCUGCUGUCUAGGAGUCGACGAGAGGCAGAGACGUGACGGUUAACGACGACGACAAAAGAACAACAAAAAUGUCAUCACUUGCUCCCAACCACUGCCGGGGGAAGUGUCUCCACUGGAUGGAGUUCAAGAGAGCCCCUCUGGUGGGUAUUCUGGCGUGCUCUUCCAUGCUGGACAGACCCCCCUUUGCAAGACGUGAGAUCACUCGCACGAUAUUCCACCAAACACGGCAUUGCUUAUCGACUGUGGUGAACCCAUUUAUACAGACAGAGGUGGAGCCACAGAUCGAACUCGACUGGUGACCUCUGAAAUACAGGCCCAAGUAAUGCCAGUGCUUGAAGUCUCACUGAAGAUGUUCCGCGUCGCUGGUAGACAGGAGUAGGCCUCUUCCUGGUAGCCUCGGCCACGGUUGGAGAUACACUCGUGUGGCGUAGCUGACCAGGACAGAUCCAGUUAAAAUUAGGCCCUGGGUAAUGCUACCUCAUACAGUGCGCUGCCCUUAUUUAUGGAUAUAUAUCACCGUGUGGCCCUUUUGUAAUCAAGAGAAGGUAUUCGGCAUGAGCAGGACAUGUGUUAAUCUGUUUGGAGUGGUGAACACUGAAAUAUGUAAAUAUGUAAACUGAUCUGAACUAAGAACACAUUUACAAAAAAAUGCACUUUAAUGCUUGCAUGCACGUACAUACACACGCACGUACAUGCAGAGUUAUGAGUGUCCUUCGCAGCGAGCGUCAUUAUGCCACGGACUUUGCGUCAGGACCUACCCCCACACCAUUACCGCCGUUACCACUGUCACGGACAUUGUCAUCACUUUACAGCGUUGUCAUCAAUCAUCGUUCGGGGCUGGCUCGCAUAAAAUGAACCUGAAUAUGGAGCCCGCAGUUAGUCUCGCGACUUAGCGAGUGGAGUUUGUUGCGUGCACAUCAGUGAACGCGCAGUGACGGACGAUGCCAUCAGUGCCCGCAGAUGUUUGGCGUGUGCAUCGACACGCAUUCUUGCGCUCACAUUGGCGCCCGUGUUCUGCGCUAAAUUGCGCACACGAUAUGAGUUGCUCGACGCCCAUAUGGAUUCGGAUGCAAUGGUUGCAAUAUUGAUGGUUUCUUGGCUCCAGAGUGACUGCUUGGCUGACUUGUGUACACAUGUGGCGAUAAGGGUUUCCAGAGCGCAUCACUAUCUGUCCACGUCUGGUGCCAAAUCAAAUUGCAGACACUCCAACGAGAAAGGCGUUGCGUUUGUGACAUGCGUGUGCCUUUCCAGGAGACCAGACGCUGUCGUGUAACCGACGCUGUGGUAUACAGCUCCACGUGUGUGGCCAAUCCUGUAGUUUACACUUUGAAGCCACCACUAAUCCCGAAAGUGUUCUCGAGCCUGCUAUGAUUAACGUGCAGACACUUUUAUUUAGUUACUUUUUUUUCCUCUAUAAAGGAAGACUAACAAAGUUUUGAUUUUGUGUCAUUACAAGUUAUGCCCCCCCCCCACCCUAGCCCUUAAGCGCGCACACAGAUCAGUUGCCACGGUGCCCCGAGCUGAGAUGCCACUUGCGUGCUCUUGCCGGACCGGAUUUGUCGUUCGCGCGAUGUUGCACCUCGCCAUGGUUCACGCUUGGCUGGCCACGGCCGGUGUGGUUGGGGUAAAGCGAGUGGCCGGUCACUUUUUGAGCGAAACUCCGAACGCCCCUGCCGCUACCCCCAUCCCUCUUGCAGCAGCUGGGGCCUGCAGAAUGUUUACACGUGUCGUGGUGCGGUCGUGCCAGAGGCCUGCUUUCUCUCGGUGGUCUGUUAAAGAAGAGAUACCCGGGGAUGGUCAAACAUUGCACUUGCAGCAGCCAGUUGCCUCAAAAGCAACAGUUAUUUGAGGAAAGCGAUGGUUUGUCACCCAUGGUGCUGCAGGCAGGUGUAAAUGGCCUGUCGCAUGUUCAAAUGCAUCCAAUUUAUUCUUCCUUCCGCAUGCAGCAGCAGUAUCCAUUUCCUGGCAAGUAAAUAGUUUUGCUCAUUUUCAAAAGACAGACCCACACGCUGUGUGACCGUGAUAAACUCAAAUCUAUGUAAUUGCGCAUCCGCAGAGGCGGCCUGUAAAAUUACAAGUUCGGAACUUCCACAGUGACCUCGUCCCUCCGAGGGCUACCUUCAGUCCGCGUGAAUGGCUCAAUCUUCUGCGACGCCAGCGGAACAAAUGCCUUGAGGACAUUGGCGACAGCGCGAAAUGCAUGCAAGUGAGAUGAUUGGCGUGGUUGCACCGCGCCCUCGAUUGUGUUUGUCAAGAUAACGUGCCAAAUGCGAUGACUUACAGAAACUGAUAAAAGUGUUGUCAAUACUUCUUGCUUGCAGCCGUGGCCAUCACCGUAGAUUUCUUCAAGGAGUUGAUACGCUAUUCAAAUGCCACCAGAUAAGGUGGGCGGUUAACAUUUCUCUACGUGGAGUGACACAUUAAUAUUCUAAUUAGCUUCCCCAUACACGACCACUGAAGGAAAUAUUAUUUUCCCACACCAAUUGAUAUUCUGUACUAGCUUCAUUGUCACCAUCAUCGGGGGGUGCCAGGGUGGCAAGAUGUUAACUCCCUCGCCUGGUAUGAAGGACGUCGUGGGUUCGAUCCCGACCCUGACGCCUGCUGUAUAU